AUGAUACCAAUGAUACAAAGAUACCAAUGCUACAACCCACAGCGCAAAUAUCAGUUGCAAUUGGAACAUCAUCAAUACAUCAACAAUAACAACAACAACAACAGUGCCAACACUGUAGAUACCAAUGCUACAACCCACAGCGCAAAUAUCAGUUGCAAUUGGAACAUCAUCAAUUGUGACAACCCUAACAACAACAUCAACAACACCAACAACAACAUCAACAACAACAGCAUCAACAAUAACAACAACAACAACAGUGCCAACACUGUAGAUACCAAUGCUACAUCCCACAGCGCAAAUAUCAGUUGCAAUUGGAACAUCAUCAAUAGUGACAACCCUAACAACAACAUCAACAACACCAACAGCAACAUCAACAACAACAGCAUCAACAAUAACAACAACAACAACAGUGCCAACACUGUAUAUACCAAUGCUACAACCCACAGCGCAAAUAUCACUUGCAAAUGGAACAUCAUCACAAGAAGCAAGAAGAACCACUGCGAUGAUAAUAAUAAUAAUAACGUUAACAAUAAUAAUAAUAAUAAUGUUUUUAAAUAUUGUCAAAAAAAUAUUAAUAAUAUGUAG